AAACAAAUCAUUCUUGAUUGAUGCUUUAGGAUGGCAUCUAAUUUCCUGUUAAAUGAUCAACAAAACUUUACCCGAAUGGGGGUAGCCUGCGUGGACGAGAUAAGCUUAGUGUUGGAAGAUAUUCUAAAGACACAAAUUGCACCAAGGGACUUGUAUAGCAAAAUAUGUUCAUGUUCGGAAUUAACAAAAAGCUCACAUAGCCUGAGGCCAGAUCAAAAAUCAGUUUGUUUCCUCUCUCCACCGUCUGUCCCAGACUAUAGUAAGUUUGAUGUUAGUUUACUUUAUACUCUAAUACGAAAUCUGUGUCAAUGCUUAAAACCAUCGCAAGGAUGGGGGGAAAACCCCUCUCCUACAGACACACAAAUUGGAGAUGACAUUGAGCGUCUCAGAUUGUUUAGAAACGAGAUGUUUGGACAUUUACCUUCAUCAAGUGUUCCUGACCACGAAUUUAUGUUACAAUGGAAAGAGUUGGAAAUUAUUUCUAAGAGAGUCCAGACAUUUGUAAGGUUACAAGGACACACAACUUCAUGUAAUUAUGAGGAAAAACUUGCAAACAUAAAAAGAUUUGAGUUUGGCUUCAAAGAUAAGGAGAAGUAUGAAAUACUGCUAAAAGGAUUACAGCAACUCUACAUACAAACAGAAGAUUUUCCGAACAUUACAAUAAGAGGAGAAAGUAGAAUUCUUUGUGGAGGUAAAACAUGCUUUGUAGCUGAAAUUGAAAACUGUCUUGAGUCCAGUAACUUUAUAGUUACCUGGAUGAAACUGAAAGGAAAAACAACAGAACAUCUUGACACUAAUUCAGAGAAGUUUAAGGGAAGUACCCAUUUGCGGCUCGUCAUACAACGUACGUUAAAAGAAGAUGAAGCUGAAUAUCAGGCUAUUGUACAACGAGAAGUGAAUGGACGACACUUAAACAUACUGAGUAACAAGCUCACCCUACAAGUAUUUGGAGGUAAAUAA